AUGGCGUCCAACCAUACAACCAUCCUCGCCGACAACAUAACUCUCAUAAACGACCUUCUCGCGGACCUUCUUCCUGAUGCGUGCAAUCCUCGGGCCAUGACAUUGGCUGUUGACCUUGAGGGCAUCGAUUUAUGUCGGCAUGGCAAAAUAUCUCUAGUUCAGAUCAUGUCGAGCGUUUCGGAAGUGGUGUGGUUAGUUGAUGUGACGACCCUUGGGAGCCAGGCGUUCGACCAUGUUGAUCCAUACGGAAGGACGCUGCGAAUGAUUUUGGAGGACACUGGAAUAAAGAAGGUCUUCUACGACGUCAGAAAUGACGCGGACGCACUAUACAACCUUUACGGCGUCAACCUCAUGGGUGUUUACGACCUUCAGCUCCUUGAGCUCGCGGUUCGCCACUCCUUGAGACGACAAACGAGGUUACUCAACGGACUCAGCAAAAGUAUAAAGAGCUAUCUCACACCUCCCGUGGAGUGGGAGCCAGUCAAGGAGGCGGGGUCAAGGCUUUUUAAGCCGGAAUUUGGAGGGUCUUAUUCAGUCUUCGAAGAAAGGCCUUUAGAUCCGCGUAUCGUCGCGUACUGUGCGCAGGACGUUACCUUGCUCUUCGCACUUGAAGAGACAUUGAGGAGGAGUUUUGGACGCUUCGGGAGCAAUUGGGAAGAUAGAAUCGUCGCUGGUUCGGCCCUCAGAGUGUCAUUGGCAAAAGGAGCAUACGAAGGAAAAGGCAGGCACAUGGCCUUAGCCCCAGUCCUCUAGAUCUUUAGCAUACUUUGUCGCGUUGGCUCGAAUUGAUA